ACAUUCUCCGCUUUGUUUACAUCAACAUUCUGCCAUUAGCAAAUCUUCCCCUGUGUGUGUCCGUUCCCCGGAAUUUGUUCAAUAUCUUUAGUUACACAGUAAAAUAACACUUUUCUGCUUCACAGUGGCAUUGGCCACCAUCCCUAGCUUCAGCACCAUGGACAACCCUCUCUUCGGCACCGCUCAUAUGCUCUACGAGGUUGAUAAAAAACUCAUGGUACUGCUGCACGACGGGCGCACGCUGAUCGGUUAUCUGCGAAGCGUGGACCAGUUCGCCAAUCUGGUGCUACACCGGACGAUCGAGCGGAUACACGUCGGCAACGAGUAUGGUGACAUCCAGCGUGGCGUGGUCAUCAUCCGGGGCGAGAACGUUGUGCUGCUGGGCGAGAUAGAUCGCGAGAAGGAAAGCACCCUGCCGCUGAGGGAAAUCUCCGUCGACGACAUACUGGACGCGCAGCGACGGGAACAGGAGGCCCGGCAGGAGAAGCACCGGCUGGUCGCGAAAGCGCUGAAGGAGCGAGGGCUGAACAUGAAUUCCGAGAUGGCUCAGGACGAGUUUUAGUGAUGUGCUGCCCCCGAAACCGUUCUAAACGAGAAUGACUGCCGGUACGAUGAUAACACAACAACCCUAUGUGAAGCACCUUUUUUUACUUUUUAAAUAUCAUCUAAAGCUACAAUUUA